UUCGUCAUAGUUUCACCAUCAGCCUUCAGCCUCUAACGAAGAAACAAGACAUGACGGGUUUUGCCAUUACUUCUUUUGCUAAAUCCCUUUUCAUUUUUCUAGCCAUUAGCUUCCCAAUCAAUUCUAUCUCAGCUGGUAGAGUUCUCAGAACCCCAAAAACUUUCACAGAAUUUAUAAGAACAUCUUGCAGUACAACUACUUAUCCAAGACUUUGCUAUAGCUCCCUCUCGGUCCAAGCAAGCCAGAUCCAAAACAGCCCCAAGCUCCUAGUCAAUGCAGCCCUUAACGUGACAAUAGCAUCAGCUAGAUCAACUUCAAUCAUGAUGAAAAGACUGUCUCAAAGCCAUGGCAUGGAGCCUAGGGAAGUAUCAGCCAUGCAAGACUGCGUGGAGGAGUUGAGUGACACAGUAGAUGAGCUCAGCAAUUCUAUUGAUGAAAUGGGCAAUGCUAAAGGGUCCAAUACUGAGAUCAUGAUUAACGACAUCCAAACAUGGGUUAGUGCUGCCUUGACGGAUGAGAAUACCUGCAGUGAUGGGUUCGCUGGGCACUCCAUGGAUGGGGAUGUGAAGAGCGCAGUUAGCAAACAGAUUCAGAAUAUAGCACACUUGACUAGCAACGCUUUGGCCUUGAUCAACAAUUAUGCCUCUCUUCAUGGUUAAUUAGAUCAUAUGGGAUGAGGCAAUAUGCCUUCAUAAGUAUGUAAAUAUCGUCUGAGUUACUUCACUAAUCUGUGCAAGUGUGUAUAAUAAGAAAGGAUGAUCCAUGUGAAAAUUGACCUUCUCUUUUGUUCAA